AUGGCUCCAAGCACACGCUCUUCAAACCGAGACCCAAACCGACCCAGCACACACCCCUACCAAACCAUCCAAAACGUCAAACCCUUACAAACCGAAGGCUCCCGCCGCCCCGGCGAAGAAUGGGACACGAUCCGCCGCACGCGCUUCUACACGGCCUACGACCGACGACCCGAGGACGAGUCCCUGAGGUCAUUGAGCCGCCGCCUCAACAUAUCCGUUUCGACGGCGUGUUACUUGCUGAAGAAGCGCGAGGAAUUGGGGACCGCGGCGUACCGACGAACGCGACCUUUGGUCCAAGCCAAUGGUGGCCAUUUGGGACGGCCGCCGAAAUUGGCUCAAGAGACUGUGGAGAUGUUGUUGUCGCCGAGGAAUCCGGUGCGCAGGGAGCCCCUUAGAAAGCAGAUUGCGUUUCAUGGGCUGGGAGUGUCGAAGAGGAGGUUGCAGCGACGACUCAAACAGGGGAGGAAGGAGAGGCUGAGUAGGAUUCGAAACGAGGCGGCGAGACGGAGGAAGGAGAGGUUGGAAGAAGAAAGGAAAAGGGAAGAGAAAAACGAAAGAAAAAUGAUGGAAGAGACGGAACAGGCAAUAAAGAUGGAAGAAACGCAACAACAGGCACUGCCACAGCCACUGCAGACAGAGACACCACAGGUAUUGCAAACAGAGAACAAAGAAGAGACUCCACGACAGGAGGCACUGCCGCUGCAUCCGGAGACUCAGCAGGCUCUGCAGAUGGAAACGCAACAACCACAGCCAUCGCUACUGCAGACUUCUGAAGAAACACCACAGGCAUCGCAGACAGAGAAGAAACAAGAAAAGCAACAGGCACCGCAAAUGUGUGACAUGAGAUGA